UAAUUGUUGUGAUAAACUUAUUAAAUAGGCAUUAGAAUGGAAGAGGUGACUGUUACUCAAAAUCCACCAACAGACUGCAGAAUAGGGCUACAUUCUGAGAUAGAUGCGAAAGUCGAAAUUGACCCACUCUCUUACCUUAAUAGAGAUGAAUUCACUAGUGAAAAACAUAAAAUAGAAAUAAGGAACCUACCAAGAUUAUAUGGUUACAAAGAUGUACAAUGCUUGGUCUCUACGUGUGGAGUUGUGUGUAGAAAAAUUAAGAAACUCAGAGAUAUGGUGUAUGUGACGUUUUCGAGCGAAACCGAUCGAGAGCAGGCGGUCAAGUUGCUAGAUGGAAUGGUCUACAGGGGAUCUACCUUGAAGGUUAAGAGAAGCAAGCCUGCAGCUGACCCUUACUUGAAGAAACAGCUGUUGAAGCGGGGCUUGGACCAGGAUGGAACAAAAGGCGAAAAGGAAGACGCCAAGAAUAUCAAAUUGGAGGAUUUGGAUCCAAUUGAGCUGCUGUGCAAAUCAGUUACUCCAUUGUCAACUAUGCCAUAUGAAAAACAAUUGCAGAAGAAGGCCGGUGAGUUGAAGAGUGCGAUGCGGUUGUUUGAGCGGGAACUGAGGAAGGCCGCCCCUGACACGAGACAAUGGCUUGACGAGAAGAAGAAACUAUUCAACCUCUGCUGCAAUUUUCUGCCAGUGAUUCCAAGUCCCACGACUAAGGGCUACAGGAACAAAUGUGAGUUCACUAUAGGGUCAGAUCCCUAUGGCGUGAAGAAGACCGUGGGCUUCCGUCUGUCCAGCUACAAGUCAGGGGAGAUCUCGGUGGUGGAACCCAAGUGCAACAUAGUGGGCGAUGUUAUGCUCAGAAUAGUGACUCAGUUUCAGAGUCUCAUUCGAGAGAGUGAUUUGGAUCAGUACUGUGUAGUCACGCACACAGGUCACUGGCGAGGUUUGACAGUGCGAUCCGGCAGAAGUGACAAGAAUGUGAUGAUCAUAGUCCACUUCUCGCCCCAAUCCAUCUCAGAAGAAGUGCUGAGUAGGGAGAAAGAGAGAAUUCACAAGGCCAUGACUGAAACUCACCCGGAGAUCACUAGCUUCUACUGGAACUGCGUCAAUUCAAUCUGUAGCAGCUCGUCGGAAAUAGAUCAACUGGUGCUGCUGGGAGGAGAUAAGAAGAUAUCUGAGAAGGUUCUUUCCAGCACCUUCCGUCUCUCCCCAACUGCCUUCUUCCAAGUCAACACCCUCGCCACUGAACUACUCUACAGUCUAGUGUGUGAUUGGGCUGGGACUAGUUCUGACUCGACAGUGAUGGACGUGUGUUGUGGCACAGGCACUGUCGGAAUCAUACUCGCCAAGUCAGUCCACAAAGUCAUCGGAAUAGAGAUGAGCGAGGAUGCAAUUCACGAUGCUAAAGAAAACGCCGCUCUGAACAAUCUAAACAACAUCCAAUACCACUGCGGCAAAGCUGAGGAAGUACUACCAUUGCUGGCUGAGACUCUGGUAAAUGUCCCAAACGUGAGUGCAGUGGUUGACCCUCCAAGAAGUGGGCUGCACAAGAUUGUGAUCCAAUCACUGAGAAAGUGCUCCUUCCUCACAAAACUAGUUUAUGUAUCUUGCAAUGCCAAUGCAGCUAUAACCAACUGGGUAGAUUUGUGCAGACCCACUAGCAAGAAGUUCGCAGGAUCACCGUUUCAAAUGGUCAAAGCACAACCAGUUGACCUGUUUCCACAUACUAACCACUGCGAGUUGGUUGUGUUGUUCGAACGACCAAGCAAUGCAAACGCUGAGAGAAAAAAUGCAAAAACAUUCAAAAACAACGUAAAUUCAACACCAAGUGAACAUCAAAAAAGCUCGCAAACGGUUAAUGAGAUGUCUCAACCAAAAAUUGACGAUGAAAAAACAAAACUCAUGAACAACUCUGGUGUUUUUUCUGCGCAAAGUGAUGCUUCAUUAAUCACUCCUGAUGGAAAGACUUUAAAUCCUUCUAAUGAUGUUGAAGUUGAAGAACAAUGAUUAAAGUGAUUGAGAGAGGUGAAGAUACCUUUAACGUCAGGCAUCCGAAUUAGCUUAUUAAGUUCAUCAAAUGAAGCAUCUAUAUAUGAAAGUGAACUUGUGUUUGAUGUUUGAAAAAACACCAAAUGUGGUAUGACAAAAAGAUAUUUAGUUAACAGUUUUAGUUCA